UUUGAUGUACUUGAAGCUUCCUUAAACUUCUCCAACCUUCUUGACUUCAACCAUGCACACUCCACAAAUACUUCCUUCAAUUCAAUUCAAUUCAUCAUCAUUCCAAAAAUGGCAACACUUUCUCCAUUUUCUUACACCCCCUCUCCCUUCAACACCACCAACUUCAAACCAAUCCUUUCACCACUUCAUCUCUCUUCUUUUCUUUCUUCACACUCCAAAAAACUCAAAACCACUUCCUUCAAAUUCAAAUCAUUCUCAUCCCUUAAAGACGAAAACGAAACCAAUUCAUCACCCGUAUCAGUUGCUCCUAACAAACAAGACAACAUAGACAACAACAGCGAUAAUAAUAACAACGAUGAUGUUGGAAGAGAAACAAACGAGGAUGAGAAAGAACAACAGGAAAUGGAUUGGAAAACGGAUCAAGAGUUUAAGAACUUUAUGGGAAAUCCAUCAAUUGAAGCAGCAAUCAAGCUGGAGAAGAAGAGAACUGACAGAAAGUUAAAGGAGCUUGAUGAUGAAAGAACUAAGAAUAAUCCAAUUGUUGGUGUUUUUAACAGCUUGGUUCGUCGUAAUUUGGUUAUGGAAAAAGAAAGGCUAGAAAAAGUUGAGGAAACUUUCAAAGCUCUUGAUCUCAAUAAGUUGAAGAGUUGUUUUGGUUUUGACACAUUUUUUGCCACGGAUGUUCGAAGAUUUGGCGACGGAGGGAUUUUCAUUGGGAAUUUAAGGAGACCGAUUGAUGAAGUGAUUCCCAAGUUAGAGAAGAAACUCUCUGAUGCAGCAGGUAGAGAAGUUGUUUUAUGGUUUAUGGAAGAACAAAAAGAUGACAUUACCAAACAGGUUUGUAUGGUUCAACCAAAAGCAGAAAUGGAUCUCCAAUUUGAGUUAACUAAUUUGAGCAAUCCCUUUGGCUAUCUAAGUUCAAUUGCAUUAGCAGUAACUACUUUUGGAACAGUUGCUUUGAUGAGUGGUUUCUUCCUUAAACCUGAUGCUACAUUUGAUGAUUAUCUUGCUAAUGUUGUGCCUCUAUUUGGUGGUUUCUUGUUUAUUCUAGGAGUUUCUGAGAUAGCCGCCAGAGUAACUGCAGCUCGUUAUGGUGUUAAACUCAGUCCUUCGUUCUUGGUGCCGUCAAAUUGGACAGGUUGCUUAGGAGUGAUGAAUAACUAUGAAUCUCUUCUCCCAAACAAGAAAGCUCUUUUUGAUAUUCCUGUUGCGCGUACCGCUAGUGCAUAUUUGACUUCAUUGGUGCUUGCUGUUGCUGCCUUUGUAGCUGAUGGAAGCUUUAACGGUGGAGAUAAUGCAUUGUACAUAAGGCCUCAAUUUUUCUAUAACAACCCUUUGCUUUCUUUUAUUCAGUUAGUUAUCGGGCCAUACACGGACGACCUAGGAAAUGUGUUGCCCUAUGCUGUCGAAGGUGUUGGAGUUCCUGUUGAUCCACUUGCUUUUGCCGGACUUUUAGGGAUGGUGGUGACUUCUUUGAACUUGUUGCCAUGUGGAAGACUCGAAGGAGGGCGAAUCGCGCAAGCCAUGUUCGGAAGAAGCACUGCCACAUUGUUAUCUUUUGGUACAUCAUUAUUGCUUGGUAUUGGUGGCCUAAGUGGAAGUGUUUUAUGCUUGGCAUGGGGAUUGUUUGCAACUUUCUUUAGGGGAGGAGAAGAAAUUCCUGCAAAAGAUGAGAUCACACCACUGGGGGAAAGUAGAUAUACUUGGGGCAUUGUUCUUGGUCUAAUCUGUUUUCUCACCCUUUUCCCUAAUAUUGGAGGAACUUUCUCCAAUUCAUUUCUAAGUGAUCCAUUUUUUAGGGGAUGAAAUGUAAAUGUGUUGUAUAUUUGUAGAUGUAUGUAACUAUAUGUAUAUAUUUUUACACUUUUUAUAACUAGAUAGAAUUGUGUUCCUUGUA